GACCUGUCAUAUGACGCUCGCUGCGGACUUCCGGUCGUGAAUCUUAAAAAAGAAGUUGGAGGAAAAUCUCGAAAAGUUUGUCCGCCGCUUCCCUUUCAAGUUCCGCAACAGACGCCGCGCCGACGUACUGACGAUACUGGAAAGUGGAAAGUUGUUUUUUACGUGGGGGAACCAAGCUUGGAAGAUGUCGACGACAGCUUUGUACAACGACCAAGGUGGAGGAGCGGAGGCUGCGGUGGAGGCUGGCCAGGAGAGCAGCGUCCCCGGGGCCGCCUUCGGGCUCUUCAGCGCCGACUUUAAAAAGAACGAAGACCUCAAAGAAAUGCUGGAGAGCAACAAGGAGUCGCUCAAACUGGAAGCCAUGAAGCGGGUCGUCGGGCUGAUCGCCAAAGGAAAAAACGCCUCGGAGCUGUUUCCCGCCGUGGUGAAGAACGUGGCCAGUAAGAACAUUGAGCUGAAGAAGCUGGUGUACGUGUACUUGGUGAGAUACGCCGAGGAGCAGCAGGACGUGGCCUUGCUCUCCAUCAGCACCUUCCAGCGGGCCCUCAAGGACCCAAACCAGCUGAUUCGAGCCAGCGCGCUGAGGGUCCUGUCCAGCAUCCGCGUCUCCAUCAUCGUCCCCAUCAUGAUGCUGGCCAUCAAGGAGGCGGCGGCCGACCUGUCGCCUUACGUCAGGAAGACUUCUGCUCACGCCAUCCAGAAGCUUUACAGCCUGGAUCCCGAGCAGAAGGAGCACCUGAUCCAAGUGAUCGAGAAGCUCCUGAAGGACAAGAGCACGCUGGUGGCGGGCAGCGUGGUGAUGGCCUUCGAGGAGGUGUGCCCGGAUCGCAUCGACCUGAUCCACAAGAACUACCGCAAGCUGUGCAACCUGCUGGUGGACGUGGAGGAGUGGGGCCAGGUGGUCAUCAUCUCCAUGCUGACGCGCUACGCCCGCACGCAGUUCGUCAGCCCCUGGCGGGAGGGGGCCGUGUUUGUGGAGAACGACGACAAGACCUUCUACGACUCGGAGCCGGAAGGGAAAAAAGAGGAAGAGGAAGCGGAGGCCAAAGCUUACGCGAUGGACCCGGACCACCGGCUGCUGCUCCGCAACACCAAGCCGCUGCUGCAGAGUCGGAACACGGCGGUGGUGAUGGCGGUGGCGCAGCUUUACUGGCACCUGGCGCCCAAAGAGGAAGUCAGCGUGGUGACCAAGUCGCUGGUGCGCCUGCUGAGGAGCCACAGGGAGGUCCAGUACGUGGUUCUCCAGAACAUCGCCACCAUGUCCAUUCAGAGGAAGGGGAUGUUUGAGCCCUUCAUGAAGAGCUUCUACGUCCGCUCCACUGACAACACGCACGUCAAAACACUCAAGUUGGAGAUCCUGACCAACCUGGCCAACGAGGCGAACAUCUCCACCAUCCUGAGAGAGUUUCAGACGUACGUGAAGAGUCAGGACAAAGCCUUUGCGGCGGCCACCAUCCAGGCCAUCGGGAGGUGCGCCACCAACAUCAGCGAGGUGACCGACACCUGCCUCAACGGGCUGGUCCUGCUGCUGUCCAACAGGGAUGAGGGGGUGGUGGCCGAGAGCGUGGUGGUCAUCCGGAAGUUGCUGCUGACCCAGCCCACCCAGCACAGCGAGAUCAUCAAGCACAUGGCCAAGCUCUUUGACAAAAUCACCGUGCCCAUGGCUCGCGCCAGCAUCCUGUGGCUCAUGGGCGAGUACUGCGAGCGCGUGCCCAAGAUCGCGCCCGACGUGCUGCGCAAGAUUGCAAAGAGCUUCACGGCGGAGGAGGACAUCGUCAAGCUGCAGGCCGUCAACCUGGCGGCCAAGCUCUACCUCACCAACUCCAAGCAGACCAAGCUGCUGACCCAGUACAUCCUCAACCUGGGCAAGUACGACCAGAACUACGACAUCCGGGAUCGCACUCGCUUCAUACGGCAGCUGAUCGUGCCGGGCGACAAGAGCGGCGCCCUCAACAAGUACGCUCGGCGCAUCCUUCUGGCCCCCAAGCCCGCCCCCGUGCUUCAGUCGCCCUUCAAAGAUCGAGAUCGUUUCCAACUGGGCACGCUGUCGCACAGUCUCAACAGCAAAGCCGCCGGAUACCAGGAGCUGUCGGACUGGCCGGCGGUGGCGCCAGACCAGUCCGUCAGAAACGUGGAGGUCCUUGAGCCGGUGAACGAGUGGGCGCCGCCCGUCGGGAAGGCCAGGCCUCCCAAAUCCGACGACAAGUUCUACUCGGACGAGGACGAACAGGACGAAGCGUCGGAGAGCAGCAGCGACGACAGCGGCAGCAGCGGCGGCAGCAGUGAAGCGUCCGAGUCGGCGAGCGACAAAGAGGACGAGGGCAGCGACGAGUCCGAUAAGAGCUCCGACGACUCUGGGAAAAGUUCCGGCGAAUCGGAAAAGAGCUCUGACGGCUCGGAGCGGAGGAAGAAGACCGCCGCCAAAAAGAAGACGGGCAAAGCUCAGGUGGAGAAAUGCCACACAGCUGACAGCGACUCCGAGCAAAGUGGCGAGCAAACCAGCGGCUCAUCCACCCAAAGCUCCUCCUCGGAGUCCGGCUCGGACUCUGACGAGCUUUCCGCUGUGAAGCAGCAGAUGAACGAGGCGGAGUCCAAACCCAAGGUGCAAAAGACAGCUGAGAAGGAAGUGUCCUUGCUGGAUCUCCAUGACUUUUUCCCGGCGCCCGCAAACACCAGCGAGUCUUCGGGGCUCUCCUCCAAUUUGCUGGCUGACCUGGAAGGACUUUCGCUCUCUGCCGUCUCCUCCUCCUCCACCACCACCAGCACGCCGGUGACGAGUCGGUCUUUUGUGCCGGUGCAAAGCUACGACCUGCUUCACCACAUGAGCGGCAAGGGCCUGUCCGCAAAGUACCACUUCCCCCGCCGGCCGUGCUUGUACGGCUCCGGCAUGGUGGCCGUGCAGGUCACGCUGAGCAACUGCUGCGAGCGCCCCCUGGAGGAGAUCCACGUGGGAGAGCGCGGCCCCGCCGGCCUCCGGAUCCACUCUUUCAACACCAUCGAGCGCUUGGAUCCGGAGGCUUCCGUGACGGUCUCCAUGGGCAUCGACUUCAAUGACUCCACGCAAGCGGCCAACUUCCAACUCUGCACCAAAGAGGAGCGCUUCGCUGUAUUCAUCCAGCCUGCCGUGGGCGAACUUCUGACGCCCUGCGGCCUCUCUGAGACGGACUUCUGCAAAGAGCAAAGUCAACUCCGGGGCAUGAACGAGACCUCGGCGACCGUCGCCGUGGCGACAAACGAUAUGUCCGGCCAAGCCGUCGCCAGGCGAGUUCUGUCCGUGGCCAACGUGGGCGCCGUGGCCUCCUCCGAGAGUCAUCUCCACAGGUUUGCGGCUCGCACGGUGAGCAGCGGGGUCCUGGUUCUGGUGCUUCUGGAUUUGAAGGAGGAGCCGGGCGCCGGCAGCGGCGCCAAGUUGACCGUCAACACCGAGAAGAGCGUCAUGGCGUCCAUGUUGCUGCGAGACCUCAAACGGGCCCUCAGCCAGGCAUAGAGCUCAGCUCAGCUCCAAUUUAUUUUUUCGUCUUUUACAAAAUCAUUUGCUAAUGUUUAGUAGCACACGUAAGCUUUGUCGGUGAUUGCAUUUCGACACCUUUCUUCCAAUACAGGACGCCGUUUCAAAUGCUCCAA